AUGCCAUUACGAGUAAGAAAUUUAAUGGAGAAAGUAGGCGAUGAACUCAUUCUGAAAAUUCAACUGGGUCGUACACCUGUUCAAGAUCUCCCUCUUAAGAUACUUAACUUUUUAAGCGAUUCGAAAUUCACCAAUAAACAACUUGAACUUGGCUAUGAUGAAAUCUAUCACAAUUAUUUACUUAUUACUAUAAAGAAUAGUCAUGUACCCGAUACACUACAACAUAUACUUGGAAAUGUUACACAAAAUGAAACUGCUAGCAGUGUUCUGAAACUUGAAAAAGCACAACGUAUUGCUCUCAAAUAUCCAACUAUACCCGAUGAAUUGAUCGAUGUAUAUGAUAUUCCACUAACACCAAAUAAACCAUUAACACUCAAUCGAUUAAUUUCUACAGCCUCAAAUGUCGACAAAAAUUUUUACAAAUAUGAUGCUGGUGAAAAUAAUAUGUGUCAAACAUUUGUCGAAAACAUUAUCGACAUCAAUGGUUUGACGCCUAACAUUGUUGAUCAAGCAACAUUGAAUGCACUCAAACCAAUCGAUGCCAAAGCAUUAAUUUCUACGCUAGGCAGUCGAUCUCAUAUUGUUAAAAUGGCGACGGAUUUGGGCGCUAAAUUUGACAAAUUAGUAUUCGAUCGUAAGAUCAAAUGGAAAAAACCUCAACCAAAAGAAUUUGCUCUAUUGCGGAAUGGUAGUGUCACUGAUUCGGAAAGUAUCAACGCUAUAUACAAUACGGUUCUUCAGCUUGAAAAAAAUGGUAAGAAUAGAAAAUAUAACAAAGUCUAUUACCUACGUAUUGUUAUUGUUUGUAGCACGGUUGGUUUUUCACUCUACACCACCACAAUCGCCGCCCGAAUCACCACUGCACUUCAGAUUUUAAGAAAAAAAAGACUUAUAUACAUUUAAACUACACAGGAUGUUCUAUAGCUCGGUUCAAAAUAAAAAUUGUGUACAUCUUUUAACGUGCCAUAAAAAAAUGAGGUAUAUUUUCUUAGAUGCUAGAAAAUAGUUUCAAUAUUUCAUUCAUAAGCGAAAACUUUUCAGAGUUUAUUCAAAAUUGUUACCAUUUACUUUAAUACAGAAAAUUAGCCUUUGACAAUUUCUUGAAUUACUUUUGGGCAAUGUUCCCUAAAUAAUGAAAAACUUUCGAACUUCUAUUUUGAUUAGGUUUGACAAUCGCGAAAAAAGCAAUUAUCAGUUAUUUUGAUGAAACAUGAGCAUAAAAUACAAGUUUGGUUUUCCACUAUAAUUUUAUCUGAUUAUUCGUAGGGCUGUUGCAUUCAUGAGUCAAUUUGCUCGUCGCUUUAAUGGCGUGGUGUGACAGACAGGUUUGAACCCAGUUCGUACUCGCUAUGUAUAUUUUCACUCAUAUCGCAUAACUACUAACUCGCCACGUAAACAAGGUAAUGGGUAAACGCUAUUAACAAUAGGUCAUUGUCAUCUUAAUUCAACACAGAGAAACCAACACACUGAAGCAUUCUUUUGUCAUAUUAUUGCUAUGGAUUGAAUUUAAACAAGGACUCGAUUAAUGAAACAUGUUGAUUUUGACAGAAUGCAACUGUUUUCUUGCAUCACAUUGCAUGAUUUAUCAUACUUUCACUGGCUAUUAUAAGACAAUGAUGCGCUCCCACGCACUUACGUCCAUCAUUUCCCCAGUCAAGUAUAUCGUCAGUUGUCACUUGCCACAUUUGUAUUUGUGCUUCUGUUGACGAUCUGUUUAUAAAAGAUUAACAAGAAAACAAAUAAUUUGAGCAGUAGUAGAAAACAAGACAACAAGAUAGAAAUUUUUCAAACUUGAUAUGUAGACUACCAACAUACAGAGAUUUGGAUUUUGAAAACAAACAAAGAAACAAAUGAGACAAACAGUUGGAGAAAAAAUCUCAGCGCAUGAUUUCAGAGACUCGAGAGAGAGAAAAAAAAUUAGAUGAAACUCGUUAGAUUAAGUACUUUGACUCCUAUUGGAUUCAAAAUUGAAAAAUUAUCAAUGCAUAA